CGAACCGGCAGUCAAUCUAUUCAAACUUAACCCCAAAUACGAACAGGGAAACUAGCUAUAAGAUAGACAUGCUCUUUCCUGUAGUUUAAUAGCAGAUUAGACGGCAAAAGAAUAAAAUGUGUUCGUAUGCCACGUGCUUUAUCCUAAUCCACCCCCUCCGCGCCCUCUUUAGGCCGUGUUCGAGGGGCCACGCGUUGGGAAGUGGCCAUGUUACAUGAACGGGACGCUUGUGUUGGGCCAGGAACAGGAUAGCCUCGGGGGAGACUUCGAGAGCAGUCAGAUCUUCCGCGGAGACGUCGCUCAGCUGUCCAUGUGGAACCGAGCCCUGCCUUCGGGGGAGAUCGGGGCCAUGGCCAAGUGUCGGGCCAGCGGUCGGGGAAACGUCUUCAGCUCGGACGCCGCAGAGUUCGAAAACUUCGGGGUGAGGGAGGAGUGGGUCGAGGUCGCGGAUUUGUGCAGGCCAGUACAGCACAACCUGAUUCUACCCGAGACGAGAACAGUAGAGGAAUCCCUCGAUAUGUGCAAACUCCUGAACGCCACCAUCGCCGUUCCCGCUUCGCCCCUAGACAACCAGAACUUGCAGAACGACACGAUCGCCUUCGCCGACGUCUGCCUCCCAACGGCAUCGUGGAAGGUUUGGCUCGGGAUAAACGACGAGGAGGAAAACGGCGUCUGGAGGCGGUUCGGGUCGUCCGACAGAGUCACCUACACAAACUUCGCCCCCGUGAACGCGGCCUCUUCGUACAGCUGUGUCUCCAUGAUGAUAAACGGCUUCUGGGACGGCGAUCUGUGCACCAACAAGAGGUGCACCUCCUGCUACAUCGAGCCGGCGGAUUACUUGGUGAUGCGAGGCCUUUGCUUCGAAUCCGAGUAUAGGUCAAGAUUCCGGGUAGACGAGUACAUCGAGGGCCGCCCGUACUUCCGCGGAUAUUAUGACCUGGUGAUCGUGUGGCGACCUGAAGCAAAGAAAUGGUUCAUGAUCAACACGGCGAGCAACAAGACACUCUUGAAGACGUCUUCUGCCACGAAGGAGUAUCCACUCGGAAUGCGCAAGUGGGACGUCGUCAGCGAGGUGUGUGAAGUAACGGAAGGUGAAGUCCUGAUGGCGAGUCUGUCGCACUGCUCCCCUGUGGACUUUAUGUGUCGCUCCGGCCACUGCAUCCCGAGGGAACUGCGCUGCGACUUCCGGUACGACUGCCGCGACGGUAGCGACGAAUCAAAAUGCCACGUGGUGGAAAUGUCCGACGAGCAGCAGCGUCACAUCCCUCCCUCGGGCCCCGACGGAGGGCCCCUCAGUCUCAGAGCCGCGCUCGUUAUCUCGCGCAUCGCCAACAUCGACGACAUCAACAUGGCCAUCACCCUCGAGUUCCAGUUCACGCUCACCUGGAAGGAUCGGCGACUAAGGUUCCGGCACCUGAAGGACACGAAGAACGGCACGAUUCUGACCGAGGCGGACGCGGAGAAGCUGUGGCGGCCGCGCUAUCAGCUGGUCAACCUGGAGGGCGGAGACCAGAAGCUGCUGGCCCAGAGCUUCAUGGUCAACGGCGCCAACAACGGCACAACGCCAGACUUCAACAGCGUUGACAUGGACGUGCAAUACCCGGGUGCGAUGAACGAACUGUCCAUGAUCCAGCGUUUCACCGCCCGCGUCACCUGCUACUUCCAGCUGUACAGUUAUCCUUUCGACAUCCAGCACUGCAGCAUCGACUUGCGACUCCCGACGGAGCACGAGGGUUACGUCGCCUUCUCCCUCUCAGACGCGGAGGUCCUCUACACGGGGCCGAGGACGCUGUCGACCUACACGAUAAGGGACGAGAGGAUCGAUCGGUCCCUCGGACCCAGCGCCCUUAGCGUCUACUUCGACCUACAUCGCCGUCAGGGAGUCAUCCUAUUCUCCACGUUCCUGCCGUCGGGGAUGCUCCUGCUGGUGAGCUGGGCGACGCUCUUCCUCAGCCUGGACGCCCUCAACGCCCGCGCCAUCAUGUCCCUUACGACGCUGCUGGUGCUCUACACUCUCUUCUCGAACAUGUCUCGUUCCCUGCCCUCCGGCGCGGCCAUCAAGCUGAUCGACAUUUGGUUCUUUGUCAUCAUCUUUCUCCUCUUCGUAAACAUCCUCAUUCAUAUAUUUGUAGACGACAAAGCUCCUGAAACAGCUAAUAAGAUAUUCGUGAAAGAGAGCAUCUCAUCAAACACCAUUUCUGUGAUUACACCUCAGACUUCACGUUCUGUUAAAUUCCUAAAGGUAUACAGGUUGAUAGGCUUACCCGUUAUUGUUGUUCUGUUUAAUAUCCUGUUCUGGUCAGCUGUUUUUCUUGAAUACUAGUUAGAAAGAUUUUUUACUAUGAUGGAUAUAAUGAGAUAACUGUUUGUUCUGGUAACAUAGCAAAUAAAUAAUAUAUUUUCAAAGUAUAUUUAUAAUGUUAGAUAAAUUAAUCAUUACAUCACAUAAUAUAGAUUUGCAUCAAUAUAUACGUACAAACAUUUUAGCUGUUGUCGAGACAAUAUUCAGGAAAACUGAAUAGUGUAGCACGAGUCGCCCAAACAAUCUGAAAGUUCCCGAUGAGUAUUUUACCUUUAUUGGAAGAAUUCCACCUGUAAGAUUACAUAAAAUAAAAUAUUACACAAAAUUUACAAUUGUAAGUAAUA